UCGGAGGUUGUAUAUAAUUGAGCCGAACAAAACCCUAACCCUAGCCUUUGCCCUCUGUACACGCCCCUAUAAAGCCCAACUCAUUUUAUUCGCAGCCUCUUUGUUCACCGCCGAGGGUUUUCUGAAGCAGCGCAGACCUCAAUUCUUCGCCAUGGUGAACGUUCCUAAGACGAAGAAGACCUAUUGCAAGAACAAGGAAUGCAAGAAGCAUACCUUGCAUAAGGUUACACAAUACAAGAAAGGUAAGGAUAGCCUUGCUGCUCAGGGAAAGCGGCGGUAUGACCGCAAGCAAUCUGGAUAUGGAGGACAGACCAAACCCGUCUUCCACAAGAAGGCCAAGACUACCAAGAAGAUUGUGCUGAGGUUGCAGUGCCAGAGUUGCAAGCAUGUGUCCCAGCAUGCGAUCAAGAGGUGCAAACAUUUUGAAAUUGGCGGAGAUAAGAAGGGAAAGGGAACUUCUCUUUUCUAAAUGCAUUUUGUUGGUCUUGUUUUACUUUGUUUCGCUUUUCAAUCUUGUUGGAGCUUGAAAGAUACAAUCGGAUAAUUCUUCAGUUUGUUCUGUUAGUCUAAUGUUUUCUUAGCAAAAAAUCAUGUUGUUUCUGAUCACUGUUUAUGAUAUCAGCUUUGGUUAGAGAUUGAA